CCAGACCUUUCAACUUCAUUCACAGCUUGGAUGGAAACCAUUGUGACAGAAUCCACAACAUCAUCUCUCUACCUUUGAUCCGACCGACCUGGAAUCCAUAUGGACCUCUGAAGAACCAGACGUUAGCCUCAUAUGGACAAGUACUUCAUAGCUUUCAUCUUGUCUCUGAUUCUUGGAAUGCUUCCAUUGGAACUUUCUCUCCUCGGGGAUUUCAUAGUUUUCUGCCUGCGAUAUCAAGUACCACGCCGACUUGGAAGACAAGUACAACGCCGACUGGCGAUAUCAGACGGCAGAGAACAAAAGCAGAAGAGGGCCGGCCAACUCUGUUUCCGAAAGGAAACAAUCAAACUACCCAGACGGCAUCGAACGUGGCAACUAUGCCAGCAGGUAAACGACAGUUGCAACGAAGACGAAGCAGAUCCCGAUAUAUACACGGGUGGCAGAAUAUACUCUGCCUAACAAAAUCCGAGACUGUUCAUCGGACGGGUGUACCCACGUGUCAGACAAACCGCAAAUCGAAGAGAGGAGACAAGAAGAUUGAAAUUGAUCAACUGGACCAGAAUCCAGAG